GUUCGGCUCACGUGCCCAGGACCGGUGGGGGCGGCAGCGCGGGCGCCUGCGGGUUCCCCGCCCGCCAUGGAGCGGCUGACGUUGCCUCCCGGCGGCGCGGCGGCGGUGGACGAGUACCUGGAGUACCGGAGAAUUGUCGGCGAGGAUGAUGGCGGGAAACAAUUUACUCCUGAAGAAUAUGAAGAAUACAAAAGAAGAGUCAUACCCAUACGUUUACUGAACAGAUUGUUCGUGAGCUGGCGAUCGCCAACUGGAGUGGACUGUAAACUUGUGGGUCCAGAGACACUGUGUUUUUGUACACAUAGGUAUAAGCAACAUAAAACUGACUUUGAAGUGAUUCCUCAGCGUCGUCCCAUCAGUCUGCCUUGCCGAGUGCCGGGCUGCCUGUGCCGGGCUUACCUCUACGUGCCCCUCAGUGGGGCGCAGCCCAUUCGUUGCCGGUGCAAGCACCUUGCCGAUCAGCACAGUGCGGCGCCGGGCUUAAUCUGCAAUGCCUGUUCUAAGUGUUCGGGAUUUCACAGUUGCUUCACGUGUGCCUGUGGUCAGCCCGCAUAUGCCCAUGACACAGUAGUGGAAACGAAGCAGGAAAGACUGGCUCAGGGGAAACCAGUGGGACGGGACGUUCCUUAUGCAGCAAUGGGAGGAUUAACUGGCUUCAGCUCGCUGGCGGAAGGCUACCUGCGACUGGAUGACAGCGGAAUUGGUGCACCUUCAGUUGAAGUUUUAGAUGCUUCAGUUACAGCCACAGACCAUCCAUUUCUAAAAGCAUUUCAAGCAUCAUCUAACUCUCCUCCAGAAGCACUCACAGAUGGAGGUACAAGCAGCCAGGUUCCUUCCUUAAGGAAACCCGAAGAGGACGACAUGGCUUUCUUUGAAAGAAGAUACCAGGAAAGGAUAAAAAUGGAAAAGGCUGCUAAGCAGAAAGGAAAAGCACCAUUGUCAUCAACUACAAGACCUUCAUGAAGAGACUAGGGAAAUUAAAAAAAAAAAUCAUCCAAGUAUGUGUUUUGUGUUAAUUAUUUAAAUGUAAUAAUACAGUUUAUUUUCCCUCAAAUUACUUAGUUCUUUUACCAUUUAAAAAUGUCUUUUUGGAUGUUUCCUUAAUUUAUUUAAAAAAGUGAAAAUAUAUUACUUUUGUCAAAAUUCAUGCUUUAUUACUUUGUAUAUAUUUUUAUCUCUUCUAACAAAUGAGAUUAUUUCCAUAUUAAUCAAAGCCUUAAAGGACAGUAAAUAUUUUGUCUACAACACUUUAACUUUUCUCAGGCUAUUUAAAAAAUU